AGACACUUUUGCUUUUAUGGGCGGUUUGUAGUUCUCUUGCACCGCAAAAUGUCAAACCGAAAGUCAGAAUUUCUGUUUACAUUUUGCUUUUGCUGCGUGCGUGCGACAACAAAACUGCAGUUAAACGGUUUGCAGCAGAUUAAUUGACCGGGUUUUAUAAUGUCCUCCUACCAUUUAAGCACCAAGGAACGCCUGUUGGCUGUCGUGGAUGACAUUGAAAUUAUAUCCAAGGAACUGAUCGAGAACACGAUAGCACCGAAGCACCAGAAAAUGUCCAGUGUGGAGCACGCGCAAUUGGUGGAGCUACUCGUGUCCAAAGACAAGGAGUUGAAAGCCACUCUACAGCUGGCAGCAGAGCAAGCUAGCAUCGAGAAGAAAAUGGACGGAUUGAGGGAACAAGUAAAGGAGCAGGACGAGGAAAUCAAUCAGCUGCAGAAGCAGCUAAAGGAGGCCGAACACAUUUUGGCAACAUCGAUCUUUCAAGGACGCCAAAAGUUGAGCAGUAUUAAUAAAGCCGUCAAGCGGCCAGUUUCAUCGGAAGAGUUGAUAAAGUUCGCUCAUCGGAUUAGCGCAUCGAACGCCAUCUGUGCUCCGCUAACGUGGCAGCAGGGAGAUCUGCGGAGGCCCUACCCGACAGACAUCGAGAUGCGUCUAGGUUUUUUGGGCAAAUCCGAUCUCAACAUCAACGGCCACAACAUGCAAAACCAGAACAACCUGAACGAGAUGCAGCGAAAUGCGACCGGUACUGCCGCGGGCAGUGGAGUGGCGGACAUCCCAGCCUCGGCACAGAAUCAAUUCGCCUGGCAUCCGUCCGGUGAACUACACAUGACGAUGGGCGCAGGGGCCGGGUCCGUUUCGUUGGAUACCCGGGCCCAUAAAGAUGCCUCGCAAGAUGACGUCGAGGUGAUGUCCACGGACAGUUCUAGCUCCAGUUCGAGUGAUUCGCAAUGAAAUACGGAAUGAUGGGUAAUUUGGUAAGUUUUUUUCUUCGAAUAAUCAAUAAAAUCAACUUCUUUAAAUACAAAAAUA